AGGAUUUCAAAAGUUGGACACCAGUAGCACCAGUAUGCCUACGUGUCAUUAUGCAACUUAGUUAUUUGUUAAAUGCGCCAGAUACUAGUUGCCAGAUUUUUAACUUUGAGAAUUGCAAAGGCUUAAAUACCAGGAAUUAUACAUACGUUUUAUGUGGAGAAUGGGUUACAAAGCAACCAUCACAGUUUCUUUUAUUAUCUGGGCGGAAUGCACAAUGAUUUCAGAUAGCAGGUAUUGUGUCUGGUCAAAUCAUACUCUAGAUGUUGUCAAUUCCUGUCCAAAAACGAGGUCAGAGGUGGCAAAACGGGCAACCCUGAAGAACUGUACAUCAUUGGCGGCAAUUCAGAAUUGUUCAGCACCAGAUAUAUUCAAAUAUCACUGUGUUAUGAAUGAAUUUCAAAAUGCCUUCGUUGAAGUAUGUGCACCUUCAUUUAACAUAUUUGGAUUUUGCACAGAGUAUAACACAUAUGGGGCUGUAAUUCAACCACAUUAUCACUUGAAAUGCAGCAACGUAGAUCCACCGUGUGCAGAUCGAUAUAUAUCAACUGAUGCCUAUCUGUAUACUGGCUGCUAUGACAUUGUAAAAAAUCGCAUAUUUGAAAAGUCAACAAAGGUCCUGUCCCAACUUUACAACCUGAACAGCACGUCAACAAGUUUGGAAAAAAAUAAAAGCUUAGAGCCAAAUGACAGUGCCCAUGUCAUCCGAAUUGGUGUAAUAUCAGUGGUUGUCAUAGCAGUUGUAAUCAUUGUCGGUACUUGUCUAUUUGUAAGGUAUUGUACAAGAACAAGUUUUAGGGACCAUUCUCAGCAGUAUGCGACAUGCAAGCGAUGUAACGUAUAAUACAGUUGAUUUAAGUUACCUGUAAUUAUGAAAAUGAUGCAAAAUGCGUUAACAAACAAUGAUAUACUAGUAACGCAAGAGAGAAAAUG